GUCACCGUUGCGCCGGAUUUUCAUAACACUGGGUCAAUAAAAUCAUUCCGCGAUACCGAUACGAUUGAGAGUGAGUGAAUUGUGUGUGAUUGUUGAUCUCGCGAACGCAUCGCGCGACCCCACAGCAGGUCGCGAAUCGAACGGCACACGUUCCGCAUCCCCGGUUGCCAUCACAACGCCAUGGUAAUGUUACGAUCGGUGCUAUCCUCCGCACGACGCAUUCCGCUGAUCAAGUUCCGCAAGGGAGGCCCCUUCCUGGACGUGGCCAGUCAGUCGACUGGCGGUGCGGCCGGUUCUUCCCCUUCCACGGCUGCGGGUGCCAGCGGAGCUGCUGCAACCGGGCACUCCCGAUCCGUGUCAUCCGGAGAAGCCAUCGAGGAGUGGCAGCUACCGGCGCGCUACCGCCGAAAACCGAUCGAUGACGUCGAGGCGGAAUGGAUCAACCGCGGUGGGCCACCGGCUUAAGAGAGUGGCGUCGUGCCCGCACGCGGCCGCGUUCUCGUCUAGUCAGUAAAGGAACAACCGGGAAGAGAAGAUAAGAUGAAAGCCGAAUCCGCAUGCCAGUGCUGGCCCAACCGUGGGCCAGCGGUGGUGCUCAACGUCCCCCGGGGACCAAAGGAAUGUUAGGAAAAUCGUAGGUGAACCCGUUUCUCCGUUUCUAAAACUCCCUGUUCCCAGUGCGCGUACUCUGGCGACGUAGUUUUGGGAUGUAUUUUACGUAAAAAGCCCACCUUCCGGGUCGGGUCGCGGCCACUUUACUACAACACGCUAAACACGAAAUCGUUACAAAUAAAUCCUCGAUGUCCAAUAUCAAGAAUGGUGCUA